GCUCUAUCCCGCUCACGGUACUACAAACUCGAGCAAACCGGACCGCACCGGCCUUCAGCAAUCUGCCCCGCAUUGUGUUAUUCUGUAAGUAUACCACGGUUUCGCAACAGAGUACAAGUCUGGUUAAGCGCUGGAAAACCUCGGUCUACCCUCUUCGUCGCAACGAUGUUCAGUUUGUCUGAGCUGUGGUCUGUGGGAGAGAGACCGGGCCGAUAUAAGCUCCUGCAGCCCUGGUGGGAGGUCUUCAUGGACUACUUGGUACUCCUCAUGCUUAUGGUGUCUGUCCUCGCCAGCACGCUGCUCCUCUCAAGAGACGGGGUCGUGUGUGUUCCCGUGCACUCCCACUCAAGCAAGAACAGCACAUCUCUCAGUGCCACGCCCCUCGGGCCAGACGCGCGGCCUCCCUCUCCGUCCGCAUCCCGGGGUCCGGCUACGGGCAUCCGCACCAACCUGGACUACCAGCAGUACCUCUACAUCAGUCAGGUGUGCUACCAGGAGGCGUUGCCGUGGUUCUCCCGCUUCCUGCCCUACAUCACCCUACUGCAGUCACUGCUGCUGGUGGCCGGCGGCUGCUUCUGGUUCCACUUUCCCCUCACCUCCGCCCGAAUCGAGCACUUCCUGGCCAUUCUGGCCAAGUGCUGCGAGUCGCCGUGGACGUCCAGAGCGCUGUCCCGCGCCGCCCGGCAGGACGGUAUGCGCGGCCGCCGCCCGGAGGAGGAGCCCCCCGCCACUGCCGCCCUGGCCCGCCGGCCCAGCCUGGACUCGGGGACGGACAGCUCUCUGCUGGUCAGGACGGGUAGUGCGUCCACCGGCACCCAGCCCUCGCCUUGUGCCUCCAGCCUGUCCCGGUGCUCCACGCUUUCCUCGUUAUCCUUCACGGAACACGCCUCCCUGCCGCAGACGGCUCCUGUUGCUCCGGAAGGUUCUGGACCAGGACCGAUCCUAGACCGCAGUGAUGGGGAACAAGCCAGAGCUCUGUUCGAGAGAGUGCGCAGGUUCCGAGGUCACUGCGAGAGCUCUGAUAUCAUUUACAAGGUGUACACAGCCCAGACUGUGUACAAGGUGCUGGAGUUCGUCGUGAUUCUCAGCUAUAGCGUACCUUUACUGGGCUACAUCUCAUUCGGCCACAGCUGCCAACCGCUCUCUUAUACCUUGACGGGCUACCAUGCCUUCCAUUGUAGUCACUCUCUGGCCUCCGUCCUGCGCAAGAUGAUGCAAGCCUACGUCUGCCUGGUGGGCCUCUAUGGCCUUUUGGGCAUCUACACACUGUUCUGGAUCUUCCACAAGUCACUGAGACAGUACUCCUUCCGGCAACUGAGGGAUGCAGGUUCGAUGCUGGAUGCUCCGGACCUGUGCAACGACCUGGCCUUCCUGUUGCACAUGACGGACCAGUACGACCCGCUGCUUGCCCAACGCCUGUCUGUCUUCCUGUCUCCUGUCAGCGAGACCCGGCUCAUGGAGGAGAACCUGGAGCGCCGCUGGAACGCCAGCCGGCUGCGCGCUAUGAUCACCUCCGACCACCAGGGGCGCUCUCUGCUACAGCUGGUGGCCGUUCCUCGCCUGCCUCCGGCCUUGUUUACCCUGAGCCAGCUGGAAGUGCUUAAGCUGGAGCUGAUCGGGGAGGCUAAGCUAACAGCACAGAUAUCCAACAUGACUGCUCUCAGAGAGCUCCACCUGUACCACUGCUCGGCAGCGGUGGAGGCUGGCGCCUUGGCCGUCCUCCAGGAGCGCCUGGAGUCGCUGCACCUCACGUUCACCCACGCCACAGAGAUCCCGGGCUGGGUGUACUCCCUGCGUGGACUGCAGGAGCUCCACCUGAGCGGGCACAUGUGGAGCGAGGGCGGCAUGGGGCGUGGCCGGGCGCUGGGCAGCCUGCGCCUCCUCCGGCACUUGCGCGUGCUUUCGCUGCAUGGCGCUGCGCCGCGCGUCCCCGCCGAGCUGAGCGAGGUGGCGGGCAGCCUUGUGCGCCUGGAAAUCCACAACGAGGGUGCCCGUCUGCUGGCCCUCACGGGCCUGCGCCGCCUGGAGGGGCUGAUGGAGCUGGAGUUGCGGGACUGCCAGCUGGAGAGGCUGCCGUCCGCCCUGCUGGCACUGCCCGGCCUGCGCUGCCUGGACCUGGCCCACAACGGCCUGCGGACGCUCGAGGAGCUGCUGGGUCUGCAGAACCUGCACCGCCUCACCGGCCUGUGCCUCGCCCACAACCGCGUGCUGGCGCUGCCGGCCACGGUGGCGGCGCUGCGCGGCCUGGAGCUCCUGGACCUGGCGCACAACCACCUGCGGCGCCUCCCGCCCGCGCUCUUCACGCUGCGCCGCCUCCGGCGCCUCCUGCUGGCGGGGAACCUGCUGGACGAGCUGCCGGCUGAGGUCGGCGCGCUGGCGCUCCUCGCCGAGCUGGACCUGAGCGGGAACAGGCUGGAGAGCCUUCCCGGGGAGCUCGGUGCCGGCUGCGCGGAGCUGCGCGAGCUGGAUGUGGCCCACAAUUCCCUGGGCUGCCUGCCGCCCAGCCUGGGGGCCCUGAAGCGGCUGUUGCGGCUGGACGUACGAGGCAACAACCUGGAGGAGCUCCCCGUGGAGCUGGGCUGCUGCGCGCGGCUCAGAGGCGGAGGUUUGCUGGUGGAGGGCUGGCUGCUCCACACCCUGCCGCACCACGUCCAGGACUUCCUGCAGCAGCCCCGCUCGCCCUCUCGUCCUUCGUCGGAGGCUAACUCGCGUCCCAACUCAGACUGCUUCCCUGCCUUCUCCGCCACGCAGUGGAGCUUCCUGUCUGCUGUGGAGUCGCGCAUAUAGGCUUUUGAGCGUUGCAGGGGUCAGAAAGGCACUGUGCACUUUUGCAAGACGUGACUCUUAACCUGACCCGACCAGAAGGAAGUCAUGGUUUUCCUGUUAAAUUAGCUUCACUGGAAAGAAAAUUUUUGAUUUGACAUAUGACCACAACCCAUUGAUGGCGGUGGAUUAAAAUCAAAUUGAGGAAGUGGAGAUUGCUUAAUUAACAGACUGAGAACUUUCCAAUCAUUUGCUACUUCGUUGAGACACACCAGGCCUAAACCAGGCUGCCAUGGGAACCUUUGAAAGAUUGUUUUUAGGAGGAAAAGCUGUUUUAUCUGCACAUCGCACCAACCACAGUGUACACAGCUGGGCCUGUGGCUGGAAAGACAGACUAGUGGGGUUUACAUUCUGAAAUAAUUUCUCAGCCACCCAAACUAGUAUCUAAAGGUUGAAUUAGAAAUUAGAUGUAACUAUUAUCAGCAUUAUAGAACCCUUAGCAGAUAAAUAACAUUUAGUAGUUCGCAGGUUGACUACUUAACACUGAUUUUAUAUUCAUUACGAGUUGACAAUCGCAGUUGGAUACCAGUAGGGAAAAUAUCUGUUUUGGUAAUACCGUAAUGGUGCUUUUUACAUUGAUAAAUGUUUCUAUAUGUUUUGCAUAUAUACUGUUUUCGGAAACAUAUUCUAGGAUAGCUUCGUAACAAUGUAACAUAAUCUACUAUUUUGUCAGUAUCCAAGGAGACACUGUGUGUCCCCAACACCAUGGUGUUACACAGAAAUAUCUAAUAAAAUUAUAAUGACAGAAAUGUGACACGUUGUGUUAUGGCAAAUCCUUUUACAUUCCCUUCUUAUUAUGGAGUGGAAAAUAAUCUUA